AUGUCGAGAGUUCAACCACUGCAAGGAAAAGGUGGACGUCCUGAUUGUACGAGUACAUUUUUCGAUUCAGAACUUUCUUCAACCUUGACCAAAAUGUGUGGAAAUCAGCUAUCCACAUCGGGUAGAACAAGAUUGAAGAAAAUCAGCUUUCCGAUUUGUGAGGGACGCAAGUUGGAGAUCAGCUGGAACACAAAUCGAGCAACAAUGGAUACUUGUGCCUGUAAAAGUCAUCACACCCGCGACACUAGCGUUUCGAAAUUGAAUCUCGCCGGAUUUUUGACAUCUUUCUUAAUCCUUAAAUUUUUAUUUCCUUUCCCUCCAAUUUUUCCAAUACCCAUCUUCAUUCGGCAACAAAAGGGAUCCUCUCUGGAAACCACCUCCGAAUGCAUCUCUCCUCUCCGGCAACUCACGCACCCGCUACUCCUCACCGGACUACCGCUCGACGAGGAGAUUUUCACGAGGGUCGCGAUCCCAAAACAUCCUCCCUCUCUCAUUUUCAAAUUGCCGAGCCUCCACCGCACCACCGGCCGAGCCGGCUUGCCAAGUCCACUGCGGCAGAGCCUCCACCUCGUCUAUCUUGAGCAGCUCGACUCUCAAAGCCUGAGUUCCUCAAGUGUUUUAUUAUCUGAGUGGGGAAGAUACGACAUCAAAUAUGAUCCAAAGAGAUCAUUUCGGCCCGCCUCUGUUCGUCCAUUUUUGGGUCCCAACUAUGGCCGUAAGAGUUCUUUUGUGUCCUAUGGUGUUAUCCAUUAUCUUGAGUACAUGGGGCAUCACUUUCAGUUUGAUCUAAUAUAUUCAUGGAAGGUUUAUUUAUUUCUGGGAUCCCGAAAAUGUAUCCUAGACUUGAUUGCCCAGGUCCUCAACGUGAUUUCUCAGAAGCAGAAGGCCGCUCUUAGAGAGGUUUACAAGAACAAGAAGUACUUGCCGCUUGAUCUCUGCCCCAAGAAGACCCGCGCCAUCCGCCGCCUCCUCACCAAGUACCAGAUAUGUUGCCUUAUUUUCUUGCUUUUUUCCUACGCUGAGACAUACUGGUGUAUGUCAAAGCUUGCAGACACUUCCAUUGGGAGCUAUGAGAUCGUGAAAUGGCGAAAUGCAGAACGAAGCAACUACCGAGCAACUGAAGCUUUGAUAUGGGAAAUUAAGAGGCAGCAAAGCAAGACCGACGGUGAAGCCAGUGUUUACGCGAGUUUUUUAGUUUCCCGUUUACACGGAAUUAAUAAGGAUAUAAGCAAAAUUUUGGGGAGUUUAUAUUGGUUUUCGCCAAAGGAUCGACAAGGCAUUGAAAAAGUAGAUUUGGUAUUGGAGGAGCCACUUUUUGUGAGACUAGGCGCCUUCUUGAGAGAUGCCACUGUUUUCUCUGAUCGCGUCAUGAUUGAUGGUGCAGUGCGAAAUCUUUUGACAAUCACACAAAGGAAUCUAGAUAAAGAGAUCAUUCAACAACUGAGAAAUCGUUAUGGGUAUGCGCUCCUUCAUUUGAGGAUCAUCAUAAAGGUCACGCAAUACCACUUUAAGCAUGGUGUCGAACACCAGAAAUCUGCCGUCCUCCCGCAGUGUGAGCAUUGUGUAGCCGAUGCCACUGAACGGGCCGAACUUGUACCUCAUCCAACCGCACUCCUUCUCCCUUUCUCCGAACUUGUACCUCGUCCAACCGCACUCCUUCUCCCUUUCUAA